GUGUUAUCUGAAUGACUGCAAUAACAAAGCCUUUAUACAAUUUGGAUGAAACAACAUUGUGCAAUAUUGUCGGCCAAAUCGCAUUUAUUUGCAUGCCGUCGACAACAUUAAGCGUUAAACGAAGAUGAGCAAUCUACCAAGGCUGUCUGGAGCUUUAAGGGUGUACACUGGUCUAGACCUACCUGGCAGACAUGAGGAUGGGGAACUGUUCAAGAAACGACAGCUUGUUACAAAGAAGAAAACUACAGUAGAAGCAUCAAGCUGGCAAAAGCAGCAAGACAAGAUCCGUUCCAAGAGCAGUUUGACUCCAGCUGAACUGGACAGUAUAUUCAAGGAGCUCCUACAAUGUGGCAGACAGUUAGCUGGUGACACAGCAGACGCAGAUGUUGCCGAAGGGGCCGCUGUCUACCUGAUCAAAAUCUUCAAAAAUGUGGACAAAGUCGGUCAGAAGGAGACCAACAGUCUAAAAAGUGUAUUUGGUCCGUUUCCCGCCACUGUUGCCACAAAAGCAUGUUCUACUAUAAAUAGACUGGUUAAUUCGCUGCCAGACGACCUAGUUGAGUUGCUAGGCAACGAGGAGAGGGAGGAAGCCGAUGGUGCAGCAUCCAUAAAAGAAUUUGGUACUGAGUUCAAGUUUGUUUUGCCAUCAGUCAAAACAAAGGAGGAUGAUAUAUCUAGUUCGGAAUCGGAGGAGGAAGAAAAGAAGGAAGUGAAUUUACAUUACAGCGGGAGUACCAGUGGGAGUGAAUCUAAAACUGCUGCACGUGGUCAAAAGAUAACGCCAGUAUCAAAAGAAUUUGACUCUAUGUGGCUUCAGCAGGAAGUUGCAAAGUAUUAUGGGUAUUCAGGUGUCACUGAGAUGGGGCUCACAGUGGAAGAUCUGUCAAACACUAUUUUUGACUUUCUUUCAUCGCCGAAGUCAGACUCUGAACUACAAAAUGAUCUGUUUGACUUGCUGGGGUUUGACAGGUUUGAGUUGAUCCAGUCCCUGCUGGAAAACAGAGAGAAGCUUGUCUAUGCAGCGACCAAAGAACCAGAGCCUUCCAAGGCAUCAUUGCCCAGACCCAAGUUAGAGGGCUCCAGUAAACCAGCAUAUGGCUGCCAAGUUGUUAUACAGUCAGAGCAGGAGAAGGCAAUACUGAAACAGCUCCGUCGUGAGGAGAAGAAGCUAGACAAACGGGGCGGACGUGCGGAGGACUCGAGUGAAUUAACCUUUGUCCCUGCCGAACUCCGGGCUCAGAGGGAGGCUGCCCUACAGCUAGCAUCCCAGGCCCCUAAGUUCUCUGGGCGCACUGGCUAUGACAGACAGCGUGAGAAGUACCCGCAUGUAUACGACCAGAUGGAAGAGGCCAGAAUGUCGUCUGCUUUCAUUGGAGGUGUUAAGAUGGUGCUGCCCGACUCGCUGACCCGAGAGAACAACAAGGUGUACGAGGAGGUGACCAUACCGCCCAGCGAGGCUGCACCCACCCAUGUGGGGGAGGAACGGGUCCGCAUAGACACACUGGACGAUAUUGCCAAAGUGGCUUUCAAGAACACCAAAUUACUAAACAGGAUCCAGACUGUGGUGUUUGAGACAGCGUACAAAACCAACGAGAACCUGCUGAUUUGCGCGCCUACUGGUGCGGGUAAAACCAAUAUCGCCAUGUUGACCAUCCUGCAUGAGAUCAAGCAGCACAUCUCGCAAGGAGUGAUCAAGAAAGACGAGUUUAAGAUUAUUUAUGUGGCACCUAUGAAAGCCCUUGCUGCAGAGAUGGUUCGUAACUUUGGCAGUCGCCUCGAGCCCUUAGGGAUUUCUGUGAAGGAACUGACGGGGGACAUGUCCCUUACCAAGUCUGAAAUUCUCAAGACGCAGAUGAUGGUGACGACCCCCGAGAAGUGGGACGUGGUGACGCGCAAGAGUACGGGAGAUGUAGCGCUGGCCCAGCUCGUGAAACUUCUCAUCAUAGACGAGGUGCACCUGCUGCAUGACGACAGGGGGGCAGUCAUAGAGAGCCUUGUUGCUAGGACGCUCAGACAGGUGGAGACCUCCCAGAGCAUGAUCCGUAUUGUGGGUCUCUCUGCCACACUUCCCAACUACCUGGAUGUGGCCAGGUUCCUCCACGUGAACCCCCGACUGGGGCUGUUCUUCUUCGAUGGGCGGUUCAGACCCGUACCUCUUGGGAUGACCUUCAUUGGCAUCAAGGCCUUGAAUCGCAUUCAGCAGCUUCAAGACUUCAACACAGUAUGCUAUGAGAAGGUGCUGUACCAGGUCAAGCGUGGCUACCAGGUCAUGGUGUUCGUCCAUGCGCGAAACGAGACUGUGAGGACUGCGUCGGUGCUGAGGGACCAGGCCAAGAACAACGGGGACAGUCAGCUCUUCCUGCCCGAGCAGUCGGGGUCACUGGGAGAUGCUACAAACAAUGUGAUGAAGUCAAGAAACAAGCAGCUGAAGGAGCUGUUUGCAGAUGGGUUCAGCAUCCACCACGCAGGCAUGCUGCGUCAGGAUCGUAACCUUGUGGAGAAGUACUUUGCUGCAGGACACAUCAAGGUCCUCGUGUGCACGGCAACCCUCGCCUGGGGGGUCAACCUGCCCGCUCACGCUGUUGUCAUAAAGGGGACACAAAUCUAUGAUGCAAAGAAAGGUUCCUUUGUUGACCUGGGUAUCCUAGAUGUGAUGCAGAUAUUUGGACGCGCUGGUCGACCCCAGUACGACACAUUUGGGCACGGAACGAUCAUCUCUACACACGACAAGCUGUCCCAUUACCUGUCGCUGAUGACCCGACAGAACCCGAUCGAGAGUCAGUUCACCAACAGUCUCGCGGAUAAUCUCAAUGCAGAGAUCUCCUUAGGUACAGUUACCAACAUAGAGGAGGCGGUGCGUUGGCUGAGCUACACGUACCUGUAUGUGCGUCUCACGAUCAACCCACUAGCUUAUGGCGUCGCCUACGCCAUGGUCCAGGAUGACCCGACGCUCCAGGUGUAUCGGCAUGACCUCAUAGUUAAUGCUGGGAGAAAACUGGACCAGGCUAAGAUGAUCCGGUUUGAUGAAAAGACAGGGUAUUUCCAUUCCACGGACCAGGGCAGGGUGGCCAGUCAUUUCUACGUCAAGUAUGACACAGUAGAGGUUAUCAAUGAGUACCUGAAGACCGUGAUGACAGAGGCAGAUAUAUUUGCUCUUGUAUCCAAGGCUCAAGAAUUCGACCAAAUCAAGGUUCGAGAUGAGGAGAUGGAGGAGCUGGAUCGUCUGCUGCACGAGGAAUGUGAGAUGCAGGUACCCGGCGGCACGGAGAACUCGUACGGCAAGGUCAACAUCCUCCUGCAGAGCUACGUCUCACGCCAGUACCUCGAGAGCUUCUCCCUGGUGUCUGACCAGGCAUAUGUGGCUCAGAAUGCUGCCAGAAUAACACGCUCGCUGUUUGAGAUAUGCCUAAAGAAGGGCUGGCCAAUCAUGGCAGGUCGUCUGCUCAACCUGAGUAAAACCAUCGACAAACGGAUCUGGGGUUUUGAGACACCGCUGCGACAGUUUUCGAUUCUGAGCCCUGAAAUCAUCAACAAACUCGAGGCAGGCAAGAUGAAGAUUGAACGACUGCGGGAGAUGGACGCUAAAGAAAUUGGCCACAUGGUACACCACGUAAAGAUGGGCAGUAUCAUCAAGAAGUGCGUACACGCGCUACCGCAGUUGGAUCUGGAGGCCACCAUCCAGCCAAUCACACGCACCGUCCUCAGAGUGAGGCUCGUCAUCACGCCCAUGUUCCACUGGGACGAUAAGGUCCAUGGUUCUGCUGCUGAGUCGUUCUGGAUCUGGGUAGAGGACCCAGAAAACAACCACAUAUACCACUCUGAGUACUUCCUGCUGCACAAGAAACAGAUGUUUAGCAAGGAGCCCAACCAGGUUCUGGUGUUCACCAUUCCAAUAUUUGAGCCCCUGCCUUCCCAGUACUACGUGAAGGCCAUAUCUGACCGCUGGCUGGGAUGUGAGUCCAUGUGUGCAAUCUCCUUCCAGCAUCUCAUACUGCCAGAGAGGCAUCCACCACACACAGAACUUCUGGAUCUGCAGCCACUGCCUGUAACUGCCCUCAUAGAUCCAAUGUUAGAGACCCUCUACAAGUUCACACACUUCAACCCCAUUCAGACCCAGCUGUUCCAUGUGCUAUACCACUCAGACCACAACGUGCUGCUGGGAGCCCCCACUGGCUCUGGUAAGACCAUCGCUGCUGAACUGGCCAUCUUCAGACUGUUCAGAGAACGACCAAAAGACAAGGCUGUGUACAUUGCCCCCCUGAAAGCUCUUGUGCGAGAAAGAAUGGAGGACUGGAAAGUAAGAAUCGAGCAAAAGCUUGGGAAAAAGGUGGUGGAGCUGACAGGGGACGUCACUCCGGACAUGCGGGCCAUAGCGAAGGCAGACCUGAUCGUGACUACACCAGAGAAGUGGGACGGUGUGUCCCGUAGUUGGCAGACCCGCAGCUAUGUCAAGGCCGUGUCCUUGAUUGUCAUUGAUGAGAUACAUCUGCUGGGCAACGAUAGAGGCCCAGUUCUUGAGGUGAUAGUAUCUAGGACCAACUUCAUCUCGUCUCACACCGAGAGAAAGGUGCGUGUUGUUGGUCUGUCCACUGCGCUGGCUAAUGCACGAGAUCUCGCAGACUGGCUUGGGAUUGUUCAGGUUGGUCUGUACAACUUCCGUCCGUCUGUUCGCCCGGUUCCCCUGGAUGUGCACAUCAGUGGGUUUCCAGGGCAACACUACUGUCCAAGGAUGGCAACCAUGAACAAGCCGACUUUCCAAGCUAUCAAGACUCAUUCGCCAACUAAGCCAGUUCUAGUGUUUGUAUCGUCACGGCGACAGACCAGGCUUACAGCCCUUGACCUGAUAGCGUUCCUGGCAGGUGAAGAAGACCCAAAACAGUGGCUACACAUGCCAGAGACUGAGAUGGAGAACAUCAUAUCGGGUGUGCGGGACUCGAACCUGAAACUGACGCUGGCGUUUGGUAUCGGCAUCCAUCACGCUGGCCUCGUGGAGAGAGACAGGAAGAUCACGGAGGAGUUGUUUGUGAACUCCAAGAUACAGAUUCUGAUUGCGACCAGCACACUUGCCUGGGGUGUGAAUUUCCCUGCCCAUCUUGUGGUUGUCAAGGGAACAGAAUACUACGAUGGGAAGACCCGCAGAUAUGUUGACUUUCCUAUUACUGAUGUUCUGCAAAUGAUGGGGAGAGCCGGGAGACCUCAGUUUGAUGAUCAGGGUGUGGCAGUGAUCUUGGUGCAUGACAUCAAGAAACACUUCUAUAAGAAGUUCCUGUAUGAGCCAUUCCCUGUGGAAUCUAAUCUCCUAGAGGUACUGCCAGACCAUCUGAAUGCUGAGAUAGUAGCCGGUACCAUCACCUCCAAGCAGGAUGCCAUGGACUACAUCACCUGGACCUACUUCUUCAGGCGCCUUCUCAUGAACCCAAGUUUCUACAACCUAGAUGACACAGAACAUGGCAAUGUCAACCGGUUUCUAUCUGGGCUGGUGGAGAAGGCACUAUUUGAACUGGAGUCCUCUUUCUGCAUUCAGACUGGAGAGGAUGGCUAUGCUGUGUUGCCAAUGACGAUGGGACGUAUCUCGUCCUACUACUAUCUCACCCAUCUCACCAUGAGGAUGUUUCACGGUGAUCUCGGACCACAGACCAGCAUACAGGAGCUGAUUUCAGUCCUGUCUAAUGCCUCUGAGUAUGCAGAGCUUCCUGUCCGCCAUAAUGAAGAUCAGAUCAAUAGUGAGCUGGCCAAGAGUCUGCCUCUAGAGUUGAAUCCGCAUUUGAUGGACUCAGCCCACACAAAGACCAACAUUCUCCUGCAGUGUCACUUUGGACAAGUCCAGCUGCCCUCCACAGACUACAACACAGACACCAAGUCUGUGCUUGACCAGGCCAUCAGGAUCUGUCAGGCGAUGCUGGACGUGUCAGCUGACCAGGGCUGGCUGGUGGCCUCGUUGGGUAUCACACAGCUCAUCCAGAUGAUUGUGCAGGGGCGCUGGUGGCAUGACUCCUCCCUACUCACCCUGCCACAUGUUACACCAUACCAUGUGUACUGCUUCAGAGAGAAGGAUUCAAAGCGUCGCCUGGAGACACUGCCAGAGGUGAUGUCAGUCUGUGACGGCCGGUACAGCGUGUUGGCAGACAUGCUGGGGGCAGAGAUGGACAAGGAACAUCUGGAGCAGGUGUACAACGUUCUAUGCCGACUGCCCCAGAUUGAGCUGUCUUUCUCCGUGAAGGGUUGUUGGGAGGGAGGGACAGGCCAACAUGAAGAGAGAUCCAUUGACACCAGCAAACAAGGUGGGAAGAUGACUGACCAGAAGUGGCUGACUGUUCAUGGUGACCAGGAGUAUGUGCUGCAGCUGCAGCUCUCCAGGAUCAACAAGAUGAAGAAGAACGACAGCAAGGCUCAUGCUCCACGGUUCCCGAAGCCAAAAGAUGAGGGCUGGUUUCUUAUUGUUGGGGAUGUCCAAAACAAGGAGCUGGUAGCCCUGAAAAGGGUCCCUUACAUCAGAGGUAAUAGCAGUGUACAGCUGUCCCUGUUCAUGCCAGAGAAGCCUGGGCGUGUCAUCUACACUGUGUACCUAAUGAGUGACUCUUACCUUGGCCUUGACCAGCAAUAUGACCUUCACCUUGAGGUCACCGAGCCCAGCAUAGAGGCUCAGGUCAACAUGGAACUGAGGGAUGAACUGAAGGACUUGGACUUUGGUGUUGAUUGAAGUGUAACUUUGUUGAACUUUCAGAAGCUGAUAGGAUGUUGUUGAAAAUACUGUGAUUCGUUUUGAAGUUCAAAGGAUCCUAGUUUGUGUCAAAGUUUGUUGAUACAUGCAGUGCUAAAGUUGAUGGGAUCCUCAUCAGUAUUAAAAUUUAUUGGGUCAUUGUGAGAGUAAGUAGGGUCAUUGUUAGAAUUGAGGUUUGAGGGGUUAUUUUAUCAAUAGAAAGUGAUCGAUCAUCUCAAGUUUUCAAAAUACUAGGCUCAUCAUUAGUCAUUAAGUUAGGGACUAUAUUGUAUUCAUUUCAUGUGCAGAUGCAUGAGGUGGAUUAGGGACAAUAUUGUAUUCAUUUCAUGUGCAGAUGCAUGAGGUGGAUUAGGGACAAUAUUGUAUUCAUUUCAUGUGCAGAUGCAUGAGGUGGAUAACAAAAUGUUUUAUAGAUUUUCAAUUUGUUGAAUUUGAAGAAUUCCAUAGUUUAUUGGUGUUCUUUAGACGGAAAGAUUCAAAUACUGGUAAAAUAUAUAUGCCGUCUUUUUGGGGCAUAAUCAAUUAUUGGGACUUAAGGGCUGAUAAUUUGCCCAGUUUAUUUGGACAUCAGAGGAGUUAAAAGAGUUAUAUCCCCUUUUAUAGCCCAUACAAAUUAAUAACCUGCAACCAUAGAUGAAACUGCUCAUUCGGGGGCGAGGGGGGGGAUAAAACAUUUAAGCCAGUGCAUAUAGAAGACGUUAUCAUGUUCCAUUAUAGAAACACAUGUUUUUAUGUCUCCCACCACUAUAGUGGGGGACAUAUUGAUUUUGCCCUGUCUCUUGGUUUGUUUGUGUGUUUGUUUGUUUGUGUCAAACUUUAACAUUUUGCCAUAACUUUUGCAAUAUUGAAGAUAGCAACUUCAUAUUUGGCAUGCAUGUGUAUCUUAUGGUCGAGCUGCACAUUUUGAGUGGUGAAAGGUCAAGGUUAUCCUUCAGGAUCAAAGGUCAUAUAUAUGGGUCAAAAUCGCUUAUUUAAUGUACACUUUUGCAAUAUUGAAGAUAGCAACUUGGCAUGCAUGUGUAUCUCAUGGAGCUGCACAUUUUGAGUGGUGAAAGGUCAAGGUCAUCCUUCAAGGUCAAAGGUCAAAUAUAUGGGGACAUAGUGUUUCACAAACACAUCUUGUUUGUUGUUGUUUUUAUUAAUCAAUCAUAUUAUUUCAUUGGGCAGGCAAUUUUUUUAAAGUUUUUAAUUGAUUAUUUAAGCAACUUACUGCCAUAAUAUUGAUGAGGAUGAAGUUAUUUUGUGACAUUUAUGAGUGUUUUAUGCAUGUGGUAUUUAGACAUCAAACAUGGUGCAUUUUAAUAAGUGCUUCAUUCUUACAUGUGUAUGUGACUUUAAAUUAUGAAAGCUAAAAGUAAAUUUAAUGAAUUGUGUGUUCAUUUUCAAACAUGGGCAUUUAUUGUCAAUAUGUAAAAUUGUUAUAAUAUAUUGACCAUGUUUUCUUGUUCAAGUAUUCAUUGUGUAUGUAUUUCUUAUUUUAGAGAUCAGAAAUCAAUAAUAUUAGAGCUUUUGGAAAAAUGUGUACCUGUCUUUUGCUAAUCCUACACAAAAUAUUUUAAUUGUGUCAUUGACAAUAAUUCAAAUUAUUAAUUACCUGUGAUGAAAACAAAAAUAUUUAUGAUUAAUGAAAUGUUGUUAUUGAAAUAAACUGAUAAAAUGUAA